UGGCCGGAACACUAAGCGUCCUGUCGUGUGCGGUGCGAGUGCGCGCGCGUCCUGUGCAUACCGAUUCGUUUAAGUCUCUAAGGCACUAUUUCUGCAUUAUUAUUAUAAUCUUGUCGUCGGUUUGUUUUUGUGAUUUAUUUGUAAAUUUAUUAGCAUUAGUGUGUUUAAGUGGCGCGUGUGAUUUAGUUUCGGUGUGCAUAGCAUAUACUAUUUUGUCGUCAGAGUCUCAUGUCCGGAGAGUCACCGAAAAGGAAAAAAUAGUGGCGGCCGCCAUGUUCUCCAGUAGGACCCGGUCCAGCGUCCGGCUCAAGGAUCCCAAACCGAGAGAGGAUUCAAAUGUCGGCGUCGGUGGUGGAGGCGGUGCCGGUGCGUUCACUCGGUGGCUUCGAGAGUUUAGACGUGAGACUUACAAGGUGAACUCUGCCGGAGGAGCAUCCGGUGGAGGCGGCGGCGGUGGAGGAACCUAUCACAGUACGGCGGCCGAAGAUGGCAGGCGGAGGCACUCGUUCAACGCGCACGACAAGAGCGCCCAACACCGGGCGGAGCAAAGACUGCAACUGCAGGGUGGCGGUGGCGGAUCGCACGUCUCGCCGGCGUCCAAGACGCAGGCUUGCAGGCGGGCCAACAGCACGGCCGCACCAAAGUCCAGAACACGAAACGAUGGAUCGUUCGCUAAGGCCAACUGUUCCGCCGUGGCCACCAUCAGAGAACUGCCCAGCAGCAAGGAAAACCGCUCAUCGCACGGCAACAGCGGCGUCAUCAAGUCCGGUCGAGUAACGGCCCGCAUGACUGAAACCUGUGACGGACACAUACCCCGACACAGGGCCCCACUGCCACCAGUGGAUGUCAAGGACGCGGCUUGCGGACACGAAAAGUUUCCAUCCUGUCCGGCCACCGCCACGGCGACGACCGUCAAAAGCAAUGGAAUGUCCGUCACCGCGGCCAGAAAGUCCUGGGCGGAAGAGCAGACGGGCAGCAGCGGCAUCAGCAGCAGUAAUAGUUACCCGAAGGAACAACCGCCGCCCAUCGUCCGGCCGUAUCCCAAGAGACUGUCCAACGGGCUGUACACGCAACAAUUGAAAACCGUGAUGGAGCGUUGCGAAAAAGGCAAACCCGAGCUGCUGGACCGGGUGCGGUCGAUGAGAACCAAAAGCGGUGGUAGCGGUUACGUGGAAAGGCUGCAGCAGACCGCCGAGAAACAUUUUUGUGUGCCAUUAUCGACGACCGUCUUGUCGGAUCCGGCGGACCCCAAGUCUCAGCUAACGCAAGCGCAGCUAGAAAAGUAUUCCAGAGCUUACGACGACUCGCCGCACCGAGAAACAGACGAGUACUCAAGCUGUUUCGACGGUAGCGACAGCGCGUUGUCCAGCCAUCUGACCAAGGAGGAGCUGGAGCAUUACACUCGGAUCUACGAGGAAAAGUCCACGUCCCAGAUCAGCCUGACUGAGAAAACUGUACCCUCGCACCAACACCAGACCUCGUACGCUCAGAGCGAAGGGUACCACAGUUAUGUGUCCAGCACCGAUUCCACGUCAACCCCGUUUCUGGACAGGUUGAGGAGAGACAGCGAAUCCGCCGUCGUGGUCGUCAACAGCAAAGACUCUGAAAAACCCGCCGCCGCCCAGGGGAGGGACUCGAGUGCCAGCUCCGGUUCAUCUAGCGAAACGCUCAAGUGGCACGGUUCCAACAGUGAUUUGAGCACCGUGUCCAGUGGCGGGCACCACCGGGCAACCACCCAGCUCAUUGCUCACAGCGCCAAGGUGUCGGCACCGCAGAGACACCACUCCGAGUCAGUGAUGAGCGUAACCGACGGAUGGUCAGGCUCCAGCGUUCUAGAGCACAGGGUCGGAAACCAGAGAAAUCUCCGGAAAUUAUUUCCGGUCAGCACCUACACGGUACAACCGGCCAUGGUUGUAGAUGAAAAGACUUCACCAAAAUCUCCACCAGCGCUGACAGUGGCUGAACGUAUCAACGAGCUGGAAAAGCAGCAACAGCAACAACAGCUACAACAAACGCCCAACAAGUUCUCGUAUUUUGACCCGGAAAAGAAGCACAAAGUGGCAGACCACUCCCUGAGGGCCAUACAGAAGCGGGCCUUGUUGUCGUUCUACGAGAGACACCAGCCCGGGUCGUCUUGGAGGUCUGAGCCGCAGCUGUCGCCACCGCCACCUAGGCCUCCGCCAAUACCCUGCCGCCCACGGUUGCCCACUCCGCUGUCUAGGCGCUCGUCUAUUUCGUCCGAAUACGACACUCCGGCCACUUGGAACGACGAUUGUUCGAAAGAUGACAGUUCAGCCGAAGAAGCGAGCAUCGCCAACUCCAAGGAACUCAGUAAAAACAACCCGCUCAGGAGUUCUAGCUGCGGUUCACUAUCUACAGCGAUUCUUGGGCCAAUGGUACUUGGACCAUCGAUAUCGAUUGACGAUUGGGUGCCCGAACUGCCACCUAAGAAGAAACAAGUCGCUCGGCAACAGACGCCCCAAGCAAAACGCGAACCGAGUCCAGACCUACCGCCACCACCACCGGUGGUCGAUGACGACGAGCAAAUGUUCGUAUCAGACGAACCACUGCCGCCACCACCACCGGAGGCUAUCUGGCCUAAACCCGAGUCGUUGAGGAACGACAAGUUCCUGCGCAAUGGCAAGGAGAAAAGACUGGAGAGCAGUUUUAGCGCCGUCGAAGACGUGCUUCUCAGCAGAGACUUUAAUGCCGGCUGUGGCGGUGUAUCAGCCGGAUUGUUCACUAACAACAAUUACCAUCUACAUGGCCACCAGCACCAGAAUCAGCAUAACGCAAUGAGUGAAAAAUCAAAAUCGCUGUCUUACAUAUAUGACAGUCACAAAGCAGUACCGCAGACACCGGUCAAGUCGUUCGCCAUUGAACUGCUACAGCCGCCCCUGCUGCCUGCACCGCCGCCGCCACCUUCACUAACGACUGACGACAAAGCACUGCAGUUUUUGCACAAUGGCAACAAAGAGUUUGGUCGUUCAUCGAGCGUCCGUCGCAACAAACUCACCAUACCCAACAAGGAUUACUGCAAGUCCGAGUUCUCGGCCCGGAAGUCCGUGUUUCAGGGUGCCGGUGGUUCCGCGGUUCCUAAACAGCAGGUGGUCAUGUCCACCGUAAAACCACCGGCGUUCAGCGCCACCAUUUCAACGGUCCAGAACAACGUGGUCAAACACCAGAUUUGCACCCCUCUGAAAAUUGCCAGGGACGCAGAUAAGAAAGCAGCGGCGGCCACCGUCAGGUCACCGUCUACCGCUAAGCUCCCCAUAGUCGUCGGGCCGCUCAAGUCAUCGGGAGUGUUUCCACCAUCUCUCGAACCCAGCUGUCCUCCGACUCUCUACCAACAGAGUCAAUCGAAGGCGUCGUACCUGUCGGCGUACAAGAGAGAGCCGAGGGAGCGCGAGAAAGGACUUCCGAACUUCGAAGGAAGCUACAAGAGGACGGCGUCGCCGAACAGCGGCGGCCGAGGAGACGCUGCCGCGGCCGUGGAACCACAAGAUGUGGAAAACGUCGCGCCAGACGGAAGCGAUUGUUGCAGCAAUCUUCUGGAUUCGAGCGGCGGUCGACUGCAAUCCCUGCAGCUAGACCACCACCACCACCUCCACCACUAUAACAACAAUAACAAUAACAACACAGUAACUAGUCAACAACAGUCGUCGCCCAGCAAACCACAGACUGUCGAUGUGGUGGCCGUAGCUGUCGCGCCGCCGUCACCGCCGCCCCCCGCGGUGUUGUCCGAGCGGUCGGUCGUCGACCAGCCGCCACAACAACAACAGUUGUCGAAAACUCUGCCGCGGGCCAACAACUCGGCCGGACAGGAUUUCAAACGGUCGUCUCGGACGCCUAGGACCCAAUCGGACCCGUCUAACAUGCCUAACAAGGCGGACGCUGCCAUCACCACGUUGCAGUUGAUGAUGAUGCCGCCGCCCCGACACUCCGAGUCCACGUCCAGCCUUCACCUGCAAAAACGGUCGCAGUCCGACCUGUCCCAGGUGGGAUCCACCGAGAGCGGCUACAGCAGCCUGUCCCUGAACGCCCCGUCGCCGUCCCACUCGCCCACCAGGCUGUCGUCCGGUGACUUUGGGACGGGCGGUCCGCCGACACCACUCCUGAUCAACUCACCAUCUGCCACGGGAGUCGCUACACCUGCCACUGUCGGUGACCUCGACGAGUGCUGUAAUUCUACAUGGCACACGGCAGAGCCCGCGGUCGCCGUGACCACCACUGACCACCGUUACCGCAAUCAGGUGUCCAGAAGCUGUUCGGUGGUGUCGUCGGAUUCUGCUUCGCAGGCGGAACUCAAAUCCGUCGCCAGCGGAACCCCGUCAGCAAUCCGGCGCAAGUCACCAGAAGAGAUCGAGUGCGAAGAACUUUCCCGCGAUCUCAUCAGCCACUUGUCGCCGUCCGACAAACUCCACAACAUACUUGAGAAAAAGGACAAAGCUCCCGGACCGGACGUCAAACGUUCUACUGACUAUGUUUCUCCGCUGUUCCGCAUGGACUUGGUUCCCCGGUCCAGAACUUCGGUCGCCGAAAAACUGACCGACUGCAGUAGUAGUGACGCCAUGUGCGGCCCAGCCACCUCCACAACUAGCACCUCCUCGACUACUACCGCCACGUCCUCCGCCGGACUAUCGGCCAACUCAUCCUACUACACCACGUCCGAACCGAAGGCGAAACUCCUAAACCUGCAGCACUAUAGCCGGCAGAUCCAAUCGCCGGCCGAAUGCAACGGGAUAGGAAACUUGCAAAAGAAAAAGGCGGACCUAGUGUCUCGGCUGGACAGAAAGCUGAAGGUACUCCGAGAUGAACAAAUCGCGCUAGCCGAAGAGGCGACGCUGAACGAGACUCUGGGCGUGUCGGUGGCCGAUCGGGUCAAGUCUGUGGCCAAGCCUCAGGAAGCCAACAAGUUCAAAACUCAUGUACAGGAAGUGGGCCACAUUACCAGUUUGCUGUUGAGCCUGAGUGGACGUUUGGCCAGAGCGGAAAACGCACUGCUGGACUUGGACGCAGACCAUUCGGAAAAGAAGGCGCUGGAGGAGAAAAAGUGCAAGCUGACCUGUCAACUGGAAGAAGCCAAAGAGCUGAAGGAAAACAUCGACAGGCGCGGAGACUUCGUUUCGACCAUACUGUGCCGAUAUCUUACUGCCGACGAGUACUCGGACUACGACCAUUUCAUCGCGAUGAAAGCCAAGCUGCUGAUCGACGCCCGCGAGAUCGCCGACAAAAUACAGCUGGGCGAGGAGCAGUUGCGCGCGCUCAAGGAAACCCUCGAAGACUAAAAUUUUAAUUUUAAACGUUAACGCGUUGAAAACACUUCAUGUCACGUAGUAGUAUAGUAAAAAAAAAUAUAUAUAAAUAUGUAUGUGUAUUUGUGAUAGGUGCGGUAAAAAAAAAUAAACUAAAAUAAAUUACAAUAUUAGGUUUAUGUCGCAAAUCAUCAAAAAUAAUAUAUUAUUAUUGUAAGACAAUAUUUUGAGUUUGAGCGUGUGGUUCGAGGAAAACUUGGUAGGAUAAAAAAAAAUCGACUGAAACGCAGAAACGAUUUAAACGGGGUUAGCCCGACAGAUCUCUGCAAUCUCGCGUCUUAUCACUUCUCCCCCCCCCCACAGACCACUCGCAAGUUCUUCGAAGUCGCAUCGGCUCUUUAACGUGUGAGUGUGUGUGUUUUAUACUUAUUUGCUUUCGAACAACGUUUGCGUGUGUGUGUUUUAUUAUUUUUUCUUGUAAAUAUAGACUCGAAACGGUAUAGGUUGAGACGAGAAUAAUUUAAUCGUAGUAUGUUAUUUUUGUUUUCGCUAAAACCAUCUGAAACGGUCUUCUCUAGUCGACGAGACCUGUCGCCGCUCCCCAUCCCUCAUUUGCGACUCCCCGUCAAAACAUAAUAUUAUUAGAUUGUAACACUAUAUAGUACGACGUAAAAAUAUUAUGUUCGCGAGCUCCUACGUGUGUGGUUAAAAUACAUUAUAGUUAUUUAUGAAAUGCGAACGACAAUAUUAUUAUUAUUGUUAUCAAAAGAAUCAAACUGCUGACCUCACCCACCCCACCAUUCGUGAUGUUGUGAUGUGCGCCCCUUCGGUCGAGAUAACGUAACCCGUUGUGAUCGCAAAAGUCGUGGGUGACUAUGUAACAAAUAAUUAUGUAAACAAAUAAAACUGAAAUAAUAAUAAUCAUAACAACAUAAUAUGCAUAAUACUAUAUUAUUAUCUGUGUGCGAGUGCGCCCCUUAUACCGCUG